AUGGAUGAUGCACUGCAGGCGCAACUGCAGCAGAGGAGCCAGGAGUUCCAGAAAUUGCAGGCGGACUUGUCUGCGGCUGUCGAGGCGAGGCAGAGGCUGGACGCUCAGCUGUCUGAGAAUGAGCUCGUCAAAAAGGAAUUCGACCAAUUAACGUCGGACAAUACAGUCUACAAGCUUAUAGGGCCUGUGCUAGUCAAGCAAGACCAGGCAGAAGCGAAGAGCAAUGUGAACACCCGGUUAGACUUUAUCCAGAGCGAAAUCAAACGGGUGGAAGGUCAGCUGAAGGACAUCGGUGCGAAAGCAGAAAAGAAAAAGGCAGAGGCGAGUCUUCCUAUACAUCAUAAGCACGAACUUGUUAUGAUUACACGAUGCGCGAUAUAG